GCACCAUUGAAGACUGAACACCACACCACACCUCGCACCUCAACACACAGCACAUCAAACUCCGACACAAUGGUCUUCGCGUGGAAAGCUGCGGGUAUCACCUACAACCGCUACAUCGCCGUCGCUUCGCGCGUCGUCCGCCGCUCGUUGAAGGAGGAGAAGAGGUUGCAGGCCGAGCGCCGAGGAGAGAUGGACUUGAGGUUUGCCAAGUGGGAGAACGGCAAGCAGCAGGAGAUGAAGAAUGUUGCCGACGCCAAUGCUGAAGCUUCAGCGCAGCAGGCAUCGCAAUAGACAGUGACGAUGGAAGAUCGCGAAGUGGCACAGAUGUGAGGAGCUGAGACGCAAGGCUCAGAAGGACUGCGUCAGAAGAGACCGCAGAGAGCUGUGAGCUGGACGAGAGCUUCUAUCUCCAGGAACAGAAAAGGACACCUGUAACAUCUGUAUAUAAAGCUGAGGAAUCGAUGGUUGUGUGCUAAUACCUGUCUCAUUUGGUGACACUGAUUAUCACUGCCA